UAUAUUACAAUUUGGAUGUAUACUCUAACUGAAGUAUUUGGUAAUUCUGGAGGAAUGGGAAAUAUGAUCUUAUUUAUUAUAAAUGAAAAAUGGAAAGAUAAUUUCGAUUCAUUAUCAGGCACAUCGAAUUCCGAUUCAAAAAAUCCUAAAGAACGAUCUAUCAAUUCUGAACAUCUUACUGAUCGAAGUGACGAAUAUAUCAACAAUGGUGACUUACAAUUAUCCAAAAUAAAAGUUCAUGAGACCAUCACAAUUCAAGCUGAAGAUAUUAAUU